UUGCCUAUGAGAAGUUUAAUUAAAAUAAUUAGUAGUGGAUAUUUUUUCCAAAUUUAUUAAAGUGGGGAAAAUAGCUGUUACAGAGGACAAAACCAUGUUGUUUUCCACAUCUAAAGAGUAUAGAUUAAAAGCAGGCGAGACAAACGUGGCCAACAACUUGUUUUUUUAAAAUGUUUCCACACUCUGCAUAAAUCCGCGGCAACAUAAAUGCUUUAGUAAGCACCCUUUUCUAAAAAUAAAAUAUAGUACUACUCCUCUCCCUUGUGAAACUGACAGAUCUGACAGCAUCUUUUGCUUCGGAGUUUAUUUUCUUGAACGAACCAAUCACAACGCCUACGGAGACAACGUCAUGGAAGGGCGUAUCCAAUCGGCGCAUGCGUCCGAGGAACUAGCGUUGGCAGGCAAAGAUGGCGGCGGGCUCCAAUUUGCUGCCUGAUGUUUUCCCCAACAGAGAGGUUGACAAAAAAGUAGUAAGUGAGGCGGCGAGAACUCCGGAGACCUUUUUAACAGGACCAGUCGUCGCUAACUCAACGUCUGGGAUUCACUUUGCAACAAAUCACGUAUGCGGCUUAACUGUAAUCGGUAGUUUCAAUGUUCAGGAGGACAGUAAAAUUGGAUUUUGACAAUAUAAAGCAGGCAACAUAUAUCCGCUCCCUGAUUAGCCGACAGUAGCUAGUUACAGUCUGCUUGUUCAACUUUACUGCGGCCAACUUCAUCUGACUUACCACUUUCCAGAAACUAAUGCGAUUUGGACAGCCGCUCGGCACUUCCCUUGUCGCCGUAUGUUUCCGCUGCGGUAGCGGCAGGAGUUGCUGGAGGUGUCGGUAACUGUUCGGGGGUCCCGCGGUUACAGCAUGGAUGGGACAGCUGGGAUCCCACCGGCGGCUGAACCGAGCACGGCAGCCGCGCAGGCUCACUUGGGCUCAGCGGCAGCCGGCGGAGCAGUCAGAGGAGCAUCAGGUGCAACAGCUGGAGCAGACAAACAACAAGCGGCUGGUGCUCCAGCUUUGGAUGGAAGCGGCGCGCUGGCGAACUGUCACAUCCCCGGAAGCGGACAGCCGGCCAGCUCUCCGAGCGCUGCUGUCAACGGACCCGCGUCUGCGUCCCCGGGCUUUGUUAUCCGAACUGCUCCCAGUGCACAAAACACGUCGACCUCACCCGGGAGCGCGUCUCAGCCGUCUGCGAACACCGUGCCCACCGUGGCGCUUGUGAGGCCACCUAUGCAAACUUCUGCUAACGAGUCUCCAAGCGCGGACGGCCCCUCGCCAGGGAGCGUUGGAGUUUCCUGCAAAACCGAACCCACUAAAACCAUAACGCAUACCGGUGCUCAGGUCAUGGCUUCGGGUGUUCUGACAGGUACCACGGCGACCAUGAGGAGUCCGACUGUUCUGCAAAACCUGAGGGCUUCCUUGCCGUCGGCGGUCGGUGCCACCCCGCCUGGGGGGAUAAGGACCAUUGCUCCACAGGUGUUGGCCCCCCGGCUCACUCAGCCCCAUCAAAACCCCACAAGUAUCCAAAACAUCCAACUCCCUCCAGGCAUGGUGUUGGUUCGCAGUGAGAGUGGGCAGCUGCUCAUGAUUCACCAGCAGACCUUGGCUCAGAUGCAGGCUCAGGCACAAUCGCAAAGCGCAAUAACGCCACGACCUGUAGCCCCCACCGGCACUCCACCUGUCCAGGUCACGUCUGCCCAGACUCCAGGGGCUCCUCUGCUGGCUCGCUCAGUAACCCCGACCACCAUAAUCAAACAGGGAUCCUCUGUUCAAACCACAGUCACAACCACAACCACACUGCAGAGGCCUCCUGUUCUGCAGAAUACCAUCAUACUUGGAGGAAACGCCACAUCCACGGGACAGGCUCUGGGAACGUCUACCACAGUCCAGGCGACGGCAGCAGUAACUCAGAGGGUUGGGCCCCUAGGGGCCACUGGGGUGCCUGUCGCUCCAAUAGCCGUCACAGCUGAAACACUGGAGAAUGUGAAAAAGUGCAGAAACUUCCUGUCUACACUCAUCAAGUUAGCCUCCAAUGGAAAACAGUCAUCUGAGACAACAGCCAGUGUGAAAGAGCUCGUAAAGAAUCUGCUGGAAGGGAAGAUGGAGCCAGAUGAUUUUACAAGCAGGCUGUACAAGGAGCUUAACUCUUCCCCUCAGCCAUACCUGGUACCUUUCCUUAAGAGGAGCCUUCCAGCGCUGCGCCAAAUGACCCCAGACUCGGAGGCCUUCGUCCAGCAAAGCCUGCUGCCCCAGCCAAGCACUCAGCCAGCUGCGACAGCCUCCGCAGCACUCAGCGCUGUGGUGCUGCGUCCUCCUCUACCCCCUGCAGUCACCGCAGCCGCAGGCACUGCCACGACCAAAGCCACAGUCAUCACCCUCUCCCAGACAGCCAACAGUAAACCCAGACUGGUUGUGCCCCAGCAGCAGCAGGGGAGUGCAGUGAGGCCACAGGUGACGCUGGCUCAGCCUUCUUUGGUAACGAUCAGAGGAGCAGCUCCCAGCCGGAUCAUUGUGGGUCAACCACAGAUGGUCAGACCCAUUCCAACAGGCUCUGUGGUGAAGCAGACGGUUGCUGCAGGUGCCAGAGGAGUUCAGGUGUUCAACCAGACGUCCCUCAUUGAUGCUCAGAGGAACAAGCUGAAGGAAGCAGGAGGGGGGACUUUCAAGGAUGAUGAUGAUAUCAAUGACGUGGCUUCCAUGGCAGGGGUCAACUUAUCCGAGGAGAGCGCCCGCAUGGCAACCAGCUCUGAACUUGUUGGCAUCGUGACCCGGUCCUGUAAGGACGAAGCCUUUCUCUCCAUCUCCUCUCUCACCCGGAUAGUUCUGCAGAUCGGUAAGAGGUUUGGUGUCAGCGAGUUGGGCACAGACGUGAUCAGCUACAUUUCCCAUGCUACACAACAGCGGCUGCAGAACCUCUUGGAAAAGGCUUCACAAGUGGCACAACAGAAGAAUAUAAAUUUUAAGGAGGAUGAGCGGUGUGAGCAGGUCAGCGACGUGCGAGCUCAGCUCAAGUUCUUUGAGCAGCUGGAUCAGAUGGAGAAGCAACGGAAGGAGGAGCAGGAGAGAGAGAUCCUGCUGAAGGCUGCUAAGUCUAGGUCACGGCAAGAAGACCCUGAGCAGCUCAGACUUAAACAGAAGGCCAAAGAGAUGCAGCAGCUGGAGUUGGCUCAGAUGAUGCAGAGAGAAGCCAACCUAACAGCACUGGCAGCUAUCGGCCCGAGGAAAAAACGGAAAACAGACUCGCCUUUAAGUGGUGCAAGUGCAGAAGGUUCAGGGUCGGGUCCCUCCCAGCCUGGAGGCUCCAGUGGACCGGGCUCCAGACAGUUUAUGCGACAGCGCAUCACCAGAGUUAACCUCCGGGACCUACUCUUAUGUCUGGAGAAUGAAAGAGAGACCAGUCACUCCCAGCUACUCUACAAAGGUCUCCUUAAAUAGCAGCCGGAUUGAAGGGACUGGUCACACGCAGUGGCAUUAAGGAAACGGACCUAUUGGCCCUUUGUUUUAUCUGCUGCACUAAGAGACAUAUCUGCAGGAAGAGAAUUAUCUGAAACACGGAGGUGACAUCAGCUUUUUAAAAGCCUCUUCAAGCACUGACCUUUUGUGUUGUAUGUUCAGCAAUGAGAUGAGCGCAUAGUGACACCAGUUGACCUUACACUUAUUGACAUCAAUGCUUAAAGCCUUGCAUGCACUGUACGAUUAUUUUACCGUUUUUGGGCCGAUUCUUCAGUUGUGCGAGAAUUUUUUGGAUCGGGCCUAGUUUCAGCUGCAUUGUGCGUCCUGCGUCAUGUAGUAUACAGGGGGGUGACAAGGGGCGAUUAACCUCCCACGACCACCUCCCGAUCAGAAAUCGGAUGGUCGGAUGAUAAUCAAACCUGUAAUUCAGUCGGCCCUCUUGAGUGAUCGUUAGUGAUCGUGAGAACAUCCUGCUGUUUAAGCAGAGUUGGGUGCGUCUACGAGCCGAUUUCCCCCAACCUCGCGCAUUUGCAAACAAGGAAAUUCUUCUUCUUCUUCUCAGAUGAAAACAUAGGAGUGGAGAGAAGCAUGAUGCAGGUACAUGUAACAUUGAGUCAAACUACGGAGGUGCAAUUCGUAGAAUUGCCAAGGAAGCGCGUUUCGUUCUUGUGAGCCUCAUAUUUAACAGUAAGCAUCGACACUUCUGCCUUAUUCUUCUUCUACUGUUGACAUUUGGCUUCCGGGUAGGCGAGUCAGGGUAGCGCCAUCUCUCUACGGGGCUGAGUAUGACGUGUGGUUUUUGGACGUACAGUGUGAGCACUCAGAUCGCAUCAGAGCGUCGGGCCGAACAGUGUAAAAAGAGACGUGAACUUGAGAAGAGCUGUGAACUUUUAAACCUUGCGGUUUCGUCGUACAGUUUGAGCUGUAUCUGAGAACAACAAUUGAGAAUAUCGUACAGUGUAUGCCCGGCUUAAGAUGUGUAAAAAUCUGUAAAUGCUUUUAAUGCAGUAGCAUAAUCUCCUUUAGAAAAGAAAAAUCCAAGUAAAGAUACAAUAUUUUUGUUACAAAUUUACCCUUAUUUGCACUCUGAACAAUGCCAAUAAAGCAAGUGUAACUGAAUACUUUUUUAUAAUGUUUCCUAUGCCCCCUUUUAAGCUUGGUGGAGGAUCUGUGAUGCUGUGAGUCGCUUCCUCUUCCAAUGGUACUACAAAAUUUGUUAGAACAGAUAAUCACAAAGUCUUUGACAUUCCUGGAGAUUUUAAUAAAAAAAUAAAUAAAUCAGAUGGAGUCAUGUAGAAAACUGAAAACAGGUGAUCAUUAGGUCUUUUAACAGGAAAACGACCCAAAACGUGGGCAAAUUAACAAAGAAUGUUUAGUCAACACAAAACCAAUCUUCUUCUAAAACAUCUCGCAAUAAAACAAACGCAUGAUAAAUAUAAAUGACAGAAUGAUUUGCAUGUUUGUUUGUGUCUCCCUCUCUUUCUACCAAAGAGACUGGAUGACAGAAGGUUUCAGUUCAAGGCACCGGUAUCCACGCACCGCUCCCCUUCUCGUUUUCUUUGUGUAGAAAGGAAUCAGCUUUGCAUCAGCAACUUGCCAGGCGCAUGGUCUCGUUACGUAGCUCAUAGUGUAGCGUGAGAGCCCCCUGAGAAGUAGCAAGGCAGUGAAAUGGUAGUCAACAAAGCAAAACAUUGAAUAGGUUUCAAAACCGAACGCGACAACGGCAGUGUGAAAGCACUUUGGAUUUAUACCAAAGAACCGUGGUGAACCACUUAACCUGGAUGAGCCGGUAUGUUGCAUUUGUACCAACACAGUGGCAACAAAACGCUGCAAUACAACAAAUUUGCAGCUGCACCUAAAACAAAAUCACCCAAUGCGAAUUUCCAUUUGCAUACCUGUCACAAAAGGCAAUUGCACAGCUGCACAACGGCACAAAAGACAACAUUAUUAUGCCAUUGUCAUCAUAUUAGUUGAAAAUAGUCUCCAAACUGCAAUAUUAUUGUUUAUUGUGAUGGUUUCGGGGACAAUUUAUCAUCUAGCAAAAUUUGUUAUGACAGGCGACUACUUCUACAAGCAUCUGCUGGGCGAACUGAAAAAUCUGAAUGAUUUAAUGAAAUCAUAAAAAAAAGAGUCAAGGGUGGGCCUUACUGUAUGCUUGAAAGUGAUUAAAUUUUAUCUGAGAAUACUCUGUGCUUCAAUAGGAUUAACAGCAGGGGUGCCAAUAAGUCUGCCACCAGGGAUUUUUGGAACAACAGUAUUCAUUUUGGGUUUGUUUUCCUCUUUUGAAUACAAGUUCACAAUAAAAAAAAAUGUUUUUUAUUUGUAUCAUUUGAUUGUGAGAUUAUGCUACUGCAAUACAAGAAGUUUAUUUUAUCAAUAGAUGGCAAUAAAUGUAGAGGGCAAUGUAACUCCAGCUGGCUCAUGUGAUGUUGAAAUAUUUGUUCAGUUGCCUUCUUAACAAGUAAAGCCAUAGCCACUUGAUAGUGUUGGUUUAUUGAUCCAACAGUAUUUUCCAGAGAUUUUGGAUAAAUUAGGAUAAAUUCAGUUUUUCUUUUGUGCUGUUUUAUUUAUGUAAAGCUUGGGUGAUCUUAAGAAGCUUUCCAUCAGGUGGUGGGAGUGGUUGAGAUUUUUAUUUUUUUAAUAUAUAUUUCCACUGCAGCAGAUUUACUACAGACUUUGAAUGUACUUCAUGUCAGUACUUGUCUUUAGAAAACCGGAGUAUAUCUAUUAUUUUCCUAUAUAUAUUGCAAGAUCAAAUUGGAUCUAAUUUGUUUUUGGCUGGUAAUUUGGGGAUGAGGAUCUGUAGUUCUGCUCAAACGUGUAUUAAUUUAUUAUACCAUUUUAAAACAAGGAAUUUAAAUCAAAGUUAAUGGAAAACCAUGGGAAUAUUGUGAUUAAAAUGAAACAAAAGUUCAA